AUUUAGGGAAGUUACAGGUGGAGCCGAAAGCCAGUUCUGUCAACUUGUGUGAGACUCUACUAUUCACGUUGUUACUGAACGUAUUAAGUCUUAAACUGUACUCCCUUUGAGAGGGCCAUGUACCCUGUAGACCUCCCAGCUGUAAUUUCAGUUCUGUCAACUUGUGUGAGACUCUACUAUUCACGUUGUUACUGAACGUAUUAAGUCUUAAACUGUACUCCCUUUGAGAGGGCCAUGUACCCUGUAGACCUUCCAGCUGUGGAUAACAAUGACGUGAGAUCGGCAUCUGAACAGUACGUCUCUUCUUUGGAGUCCAGACAUUGUGAGAAUGAGUGGUUUCAGUCACAGACCUUGAAGGUGGCAAUAACAGCAAAUAACAUAAGCCAGUUGCAGGUGUUUGAAGAUGACCAACCUGGAUGUACAGUGCUGGCACUUCACCCCCCUGAUCAUCCAACACAAGUGGUGGCUUUAUACCUGCAUGGGGAGUGGUGGUGUGUGGACGACGUCUUACGAACAUCCAGCAAAUCUAGAAGUGGCUUGGUGUCGGUGCAGACGAUUAUGGAGAGGGUGAUUGUGUUCCUGCUCAGUCAGGUAGUAGAGCGGUCUUCACAGGAGGAAGUGUUGUUCUCCCCACAUCCCCGCACAGAGAGCUGCAAACUGUUGUGGAGAGACGGCCAGGCAGUCGGCUUCUACACAGUCAAACACAAAGGCAGUCUGUGUGACAGCUGGAGCGGUCGAUGCUACAUGCUGCCUGUUCUAGACACAGUGCUGGUGAGGAAGAGCUGGAGACGGAGAGGCUUCGGCCUUCAGAUGCUGGAUGAUUUCUGCUCCUCUUUCUCCAGAGAGGAGGUGCUGGGAGUCAGCGCUCCACUAUCACCCAGCAUGGUGGCAGUGUGCAGUCAGUUCCUGCAGAUGCACGAGGAACAUGGAGAGCGUCUGUAUGAGGUGGAGGCUCCAGGGGGAUGGGCUCAACGACGAAACAUCUGGCUGAACAUCCAGCUGGGCCGCUACUCCUCCAAUACCAAUGAGGAAAGCAAGCCAGCUUCAGGAAGAACCAUGAGGAAUGACGGAGAUGACUCGUCUCAGAAGACGCAGACAUGUCAUUCCAAACCGGACCUGGCCUCACUGCAUACCUGUAAUGUGACCGUUCCACUGAUAAUAGACUCUGCUGAACAACCAGUUAAACCUUGUGAUCCAAGCCAAGAAGUAACCUCCCGAAGCAGCAAGACCUCUGGAACAGGAUGUAGCCCUGCAGCCCAUGCUCAUGAUCUGGACCCUGGACCUCCCACCAGACCACUAAAGUCUCUAAACACAAAACAAGCUCUGAAAUCCAAGCCCUCUGUAUCUGCAAACCCUCACAGAGAGAAGCCAGAGGCACAGGGAACACUUGGAGGUUCCAAACGAGUCAGAAGGACAUGAGUUAAACACGCAUACGUACAUACAGAGGUCUUGUGUGUGAAACCAGCCCUCAGAAGACAGUCUUAUUACAGAUUAAGUAGAUGCUAUACCAAAGUAAAUUUUGUUGUCCUUUAUACUGUAUUUAUGGACUUUUUAGACUGAUAUAUGAAUGAAUAAAUAAAUAGUAUAAUACAUUGCAAGUACUACCACAAAACAUAAACUAUUUUGGUAUAAUAUGCAAGUAUUUUGAUAUGGAUGCUGUUUUACCCUUGUCAGGACAUUAACGUGGUGUAACUGUUUUGUUUUAAUAUUAAGGCCCUGCACACCCAUACUGCAGUAAACCAACUUGAGUGACUUCAUUCUGGCUGAUAAGAGGUCUUCUCAGGACUGUGGAAAUGUA